AUGGCAAAUCUAGCCAAGUUCAAGAACACCCCACAGUGGGCGAUCGCGGACCCCGCUCAUCGAGCCUGCAAGCUCGGGCGCAGUUGCUCUGUCGUUUCGGACGACGAGUUCUGCGUUCGUACCAUUUGGCAUGCCAAGCUGAACCACGCGUAUGGGCGUUGCGGGCCGCACACCAACAGUCCCGGUCAUGCUCUCUGCCGCGACUUCUCGGAGGCCGAACGCCAGCUGUAUCCAUCUUGUGCCGAUUGUGGUGUUCUCGUUGAGUUGAAAGACUUGAUCCUCGUGCACCUCCGCCUUCUGGAAGAGGAGGAUGACGAUUUGUUCCUUGAAAAGCACGGUCUGGAGUCUGGAGACGACUUGCAUUGCAUUCGUUCUUCAUUGAUUGGAUAUUCCAAGACGUUUGAGAAGAAGCUGCUGGAACACGCAGAGGACCUGCAGGCGGGGCUAUCUGCGGUACAGACGCCGGGAGGCUUUGCUUCUGGUGAUCGCCAGCGUGCCUGGAAGGGCAUUCAAGCGGGUCCUCUUUGGAAGAGGCUCGGAAGCAAGCUUCAUGGGGUGUUUCAGGCACUCAGCUGUGCUAAGUAA